CUCAGCUCAUGGAGGACAGAUGUUGCCCGUCCUGUUUUAUGGAAGUGGAGUCAGGACUCCCAGCGGCUACACCACGUGCCUGGCCACGUGGUGAGUCCGUGGAGGAAACUGGCCGAGAUCCAGGUCUCCUGAAGCCGAUGCCACUCCCCAGCCCUGCUGAGAGGAUGGGCUGCCUCAGCCCGUGGCGCCACCUGGCCUGACCACCAGGUGUUCCCGGAGUCCGUCGUGCCUCUAAGUGGAGCGUGGCUAAGAGGGUCCAAAGGAUCCCGUCUGCUGAGCGACAGAAGCUGGCGCUGGGAGCCCGAGGGCCGGCUUCGGGUGGCAGGACACAGGGGCGCCACGGACUUCCACGGUCCCUGGUGGCCUUUUCCUAGGAAGGAAGGACAACCUUCACCCUGAGAUUAUAGGCUUCCCUUAGUUUACGAAACGAGAGCAGAAGGUCUUUGACAUCACUCCCACACACACUGGGCAAAAGGGAAAGGACGCAGACCUCUGCCACAGUCUGCACGCGGCUCGUUCGUUUCUGAUCCGUCUGAGAAAUCAGAAACUCGGGACACCAGCCGAGCACCUGUUCUAGAUUCCACACCACCCUUCCCCAAGGCAGCCUCCACCUCCCACCAGCCAGGAGCAGGCGAGGCCAGGACUCAGCGGGAAGGCCGGCAGGCGGCAGAGCCAGUGUGGGCACUGUGGAGCCAUGGAACAGGAGGCAAGGCCCGUGCUCUACCGACAGCUGCUGCUCUGGGACCCCAGCUUGGGGUCUGAGGAUGAUGAGGACGAUGAGGAAGAGACCUCUGAGCUGGUCGUUUCGAAUUCCUGGAGGCCCCACAACUCCUUGGGCAGGAACGAGGUUGGCAGGCUGCCCGGGGCCUGGGCUCGCCUCGGCGCCGCCCUGCUGCUGCUGGUCACUGGCUUCUCCCUGGCUGCGAGGCAACUCUACAUCAGGGGUGACCCUACAGGAAGCCAGGGCUCAGCAGCCCCCCGGCCUGGCGGGCACUCCCAUGCCCCUGGUGUGUACCACCACAGUGCCAUCAUCAGCCCGGCAGCCAUGUGCUCCCACCUGGGCCGAGAGCUGCUCAUCGCCGGGGGCAACGUCGUGGACGCGGGAGUGGGAGCAGCUUUGUGUCUGGCGGUGGUGCACCCUCACACCACGGGGCUAGGUGCCACGUUCUGGGCCCUCUUCCACAACAGCUCCUCGGGCAGCCCAACUGCCCUGAUGCCGGGCCCUGCGCAGCCCCUGGCCCCCGGCCUGCAGCUGCCGUCCGCCCUGCCCAGCUUGCGCCUGCUGCACGCGCGCUUCGGCCGCCUGCCGUGGCCACGGCUGCUGGGGGGUCCUGCCUCGCUGGCUCAAGAUGGCUUCCUGGUAGACACAGCCCUGGCCACAGCUCUGGCAGCCCGGGGCACAAAGGGCCUCUGUCCACUACUGUGCCAUGCUGAUGGAACCCCCCUGGGCCCCGGGGCCCGAGCCACCAAUCCCAAACUUGCUGCCGUGCUGCGCCUAGCGGCCCAAGCCCCAGACCUGGCCGGGGAUGCCCUACUGAGCCUGCUGGUCAGAGACCUGGGGCUGCGGAGGCCCCAAUCCAGGCCCCUGCCCACCCUAGAGCCCGCGGUGCAGCAAGCCAUACCCCAAGGCAUCCUGUCUACCACCCCUGGCCCCUCAGCCUGCCCAGAGCUGCUGGCGAUGGUAGGGGCAGCCCUGCACUCAGGAGAGCCCAGCCCCGACCCCUGCCCGGCACGCUCACCAGCUCCCGUGGGCCCUGUGGGCACUGUCCUGGCCACUGUAGACAGCGGUGGCUCGGUGCUGCUCCUUACCUCCUCACUCAGCAGCCCCUUUGGCUCCGGACGCCUGUCCCCUAGCACUGGGGUUCUCCUUAGUGACCUGGGGGCCAAGCCUAUAGACAAUGCCUGGGCCUGCCCCCUCCUCCUCCAUGGAAGCUCGGAUGACACAGAGGCUGACAUGUUAGGGCUGGUGGCUUCGGGAACUCCUGCGGUGGCCAGAGUUGUGACUCGUGCCCUCCUCAGUCACCUGGCUGGGCCCCAGACCCAGGUCCAGCACCAGCGACGGCAGGGACCGACACGGAGCACUAGCGUUUGUGGCCAAGGGACCCUGCUCCAGGUGGCUGUCCAGGCAGAGCAUGCCCAUGUCUCCAGUGUCCCCAGCAGCUGCUGCACUGUCCAGGGGUUCUAAGUGGGGGAUGUGUCUAGCCGGGGGUGGGGGGGUGGGGGUGUCCCACCUGGCGGCAGGAGCGGAACAGACCCAGCAAUGAGGUCGUGCAUAGCAAGCAUGCCUAAUUACCGGCUCGCUGCUAGCUCAGGUCCACAAUGUUGGCCCGGUCAGUACCCUGGACUCCAGAUCGGGUUCUUUUUCAGCUGAGGAGACUGAGGGUACUGGGGAAAGAGCCCCAGACUCCAGUUCAGAUCCGGCUCUGAGAAGGACAGGUAGUAGGGUGCCAAGCCCCUGCCUUGGCUCCAGACCCCGUGGGCAGGGCAGGCAGAGCCUGGGGUCCCGCUGGCCUCUCGGUCUCCCCCUUCAGGCCACCCUCUGCCGAUGUCUCUCAACUGAGCUGGAAACAAAAUAAAGAUCAAAUCUCUCGGAUGUCUGUGCCGCCCGCUUCCCAGUUUCCCAUCGGCCUGUGAGGUGCUGGGUGUCAUGACCUCCUCGUUGGGCACCAUUGCAGACCUACCCCGGACAGGCAGAGGCUUGGGCCACGGUCCUCCAGCUUCCCCUAACCCUGUUCGCCUUCUGCUCCUGGGGCACCAUAGACAAAAGGUAAACGUUUGCGUCUCACUUCCUAAAACGGCAGAACAAGGAAGGGGAUGAGAGGAGGAGCAGGAGGGGCCCCAGGGGCCUGGGGGCAAAGGGAGCCGGAGCUGGGGGUGUGGGCCUUAAGGUGGGUGUUGGCCCUGACAUUGCCAGCCUCCCACGCCCCCCCCCCAGGGCUGGGGUCCCCGGGGAUGACAACCCUCCAGACACAGCUGCUGCAGUGCUGACGCGGGGUGACCCGCUGUGCUCCUCCUCCUGGCCCUUGCCUAGUCACCCCUGCUUUCCUGGAACUCACUCCCCUCCCUCAGUGAAGGGCAGCACCGGCUACCCGGCUAUAUCCGCCCUGUCUGUCCUUCUCCCUCACACCCAUCACCCCCGACCAGCUCCGGAUCAGCUCCGGACCAGCGGGACUCCCACGGGCUGGCUCCAUCCACCCCACCAGGGGCCCCUCCUGCUUUUCCGCUGCGGUCCUGCGACCCCCACACCACACGGGCCAAGUGAUCUUUUCAAGGCCUGCCCGCGCACAAAACCCUCCAGGGUCCCCACUGCACUCAGGUUGAAAUCUGAGGGGCUCCCGGGUGGCUCGGUGGGCCAAGCAUCCCGCUAGCAUCCCGCGCUAGGUUUCCGCUUCCACCGCGGCCUCGGGGUCCUGGGAUCGGCCCCGGCGGGACUCCGCAGGCUCACUGGGAACUCGGCUUGAGACGCUCUCCCUUCUCCCUCUGCCCCUAAAAUAAAUAAGUAAAUCUCUAAAGUGAGUCAAUAGGGGCGCCGGGGUGGCACCGGUAGUGAGGCGUCUGCCUUCGGACGGGGUCUUGAAC